AUGGCUGGGGUUCUCCUCCGCCUUUUACUCGAGUUGUCGUUGCAAUUAGGGACAGGCUGUGGGGCGGCAUAUAAGUUAACUACACUACAUAUAUCAGCUACAUGCUUCACCCUUAAAAGGAUUUAUCAUUACGAUAUGGCCCCCCCUAACUCCUGUCCAGCAUUGGCUUGGUUCAGAGAAAAAGGCCAUGCGACAUCCUUCCACUUCUUCGUCAUGGAGCUCCCACUCUCGCCGGCUAACCGACUGUUAGGCAGAAAAGAAUCUCCACAACGAUUGCUAUCUCCGAAUGAUGCUGAAGUUUUAACUACUACUACGGAGUACUCCGUAUACACCUGCUAA